GAGCUGCACCCGGCCCCAGUCGGAGAGAGCCGGCCGGUCACAUUUGAUCCGGAGCCGCUUUGUCGGAGCAUAGACACAGCCUCGCUGCCUCUGAAUUAAAAUUCUUCUUCCCCGAAUGGAGCGGAUGGGGGUCAAGAUGCUGAUUGUGCUUCUCCUUGGGAUGAACUUGCCGUCUUGUGCAGGUUUCCCCGUGUACGACUACGACCCGUCCUCCGUGCGGGAAGCCCUCGGCGCGUCUGUGGCAAAAGUGAACGCCCAGUCCCUGAGUCCGUAUCUGUUUCGAGCCUUCAGGAGCGCAAUCAAAAGAGUUUAUGUCCUGGAGCCGGACAGCGUGAGCAUGGACCUGGAGUUCGGCAUUCGGGAGACGACAUGCAGGAGAGAUUCUGGACAAGACCCUUCUACCUGUGACUUCCAAAGGGGCUACUACGUGCCGGCAGCGGUUUGCAGGAGCACAGUGCGGAUGUCCGCCGAGCAGGUGCAGGACGUGCAGGUCCGCUGCCACUGGUCAUCCUCCAGUUCUGAGUCCAACAGCAGCGAAGAGAUGGUUUUUGGGGACGGAUUUGGGUCUCCUACAUGGAGAAACAACUAUCCACUUGGUCUCGUGCCUGACAAAUCCCGAAGUGAACAGUUGUAUGAACGGUCACUUGAGAGCCUGAGAAGGAUCUUUCCUCCUGGGAAUCCAAGGUACCCGUACAGGUGGCACCGAACAAGACCAAACACUGGCUUUGAGUGACGGCCUCGAGCAAAAUGCAUCAGAAGGAGUAGAAGUUCCAGUGAAGAAAGAUACUUUGUGAAUUGUGUAAUUUUUCUUUUGAUCAGUUCCAGUCCUUAAUAAAUGUCUUACUCUUCCUCUUUUUU